AUGUGGGGAUUGUACAAAUGCUUUGUGAUGAUUAAUGACUUACGUCUUAUUAAUUUAAGGGGGUUUCCAAUAUCAAUUGUAUGCUCAAGUAAUUUUCAACUCGAUUAUGAUGAGAUUCAUAAAUUUACCGUCAAUUCAACACAACGCAAGAAAAGUCUUUUUGAAGUGUUUGGAAUCAAAGCGCCUGCGUUGACGAAGAUAGCAUUGGAUGAUGGCCAAUUAAGUGUUUAUAAGAAAAGUAGGAGAAAAAUGAAACGAUUAGACGAAGAGAUGAAACAUUUGAUUAAAAAUUUAUGGGAAAUAUUUCUGCUGGCACCUUUUUGCCAGAAGUUAAUGAAGACGUUACGAGGAAAUGAUUGA